GCCGGAGUUGGCUGGCUGCGCCAGCCCGCGUUCGUGUAGUGUUUUCGCUUGCGCCGAACUUCCUCAUUGUGCGUACGACAAGCCAGUUGAAAGCGCUUGCUGCGGGAACGCCUCACCGCUCCCGCAUCGAUACAAAAAGCGCGAUCCUUCGGACUUGUCUGAGUGCUGUGUGGACUGCGUCAAAGCUUAGAAAUGUGCAACGUUCAGAGUGCGACGUUGUUUUUCGUUAUCGCCUGUUGCGUCUCGCCCGUAGUGUUUACAUCUGAUUCUACACCUGCGGCAACGACAAACCAAGUGCCAGCCGCGACAACGGAGCCUCCAGUGUCUACUACGAUAUCCCCGCAAACAGCAUGUGCUCAGAAGACAAACACAUCUUGUUCCGACUGCUUAGCAGCUGGCACAGGGUGUUACUACUGUUCUACAACAAGAAGAUGUGGCUUCUAUCCAUACAAGAGGCUAAUCCCAAGCCAUGAUGAGUGUGCCUACUUCUCAGAAGUAUACUGGGGUGUCUGCUUCAUUUCCCUACAAGGAACCGUGAUUGCUAUCAGCGUGGUCGUCGGCACUCUGUUGCUGGCACUAGUGGUGUGCUGUUGCUGUUGUUGCCGCAAGCGCCAGAACAGCAAAUGGCUGCGUGACAUGGCUAGCAUGGAAGAAGAGCGGAGACAGCGUCAGGAACGUGCAGACGAGCGACGAGCUGAGCGCAAGACACGCAACGAUGACAUCCGACGCAAAUACGGCCUUGUCCGAGACGAGACCCCACCUUACACUCGUUUUGACCAGUGAUUUUUCUCUUUCAAGCAGCAUAGCACAAUGGAGUGGCCGUUGCACUAUGAGCUCUAUCUUGGGCAGUCUGAUCUGCCAUAUAAACCGACUAGCACGCCAGAGGUGUAACAGCAAACAGCCCAGCCACAAAAGGCGCAGCUUUGUUUUAUGGCACGUGAUUUCACCAUGCAUGCUUGAAAUGCUGAUGUACAUUCAGCAAACUGGAUUGACAUAGUAGCUCAACUUGCUCCACCCUUGCCUCAGUGAAGACAAAGUUUCUUUCCUAAAGUGAGCAGUUUUAUGCGCAUUUGGCGCAGUCGUGGCUGAAUACUAGAAAAGCAUGUGUGAAUUGCACAUGUGAACCUGGCUGCUUUAGAGCUACUGUUAUUUUGCAAUUUCCUUUUGUAGGGUACCUUUGUGGUCGCGUCAUCACAUUCAUCAAUGAAGGCAAGCAGAGAUUGAGAGGUUGUAAUAUGAGGUUAGAUGAAGAAGCGAAGAAAGGCAUAUAGAACUAUCCUGUGCACUUCAACCUCAAAUUUUUGUUGCAGAAGGGCAGUGUGACACAAACAACCUGUGGUGUGUGCUUUUUUAUGAUUAAAUGUACACUGAUGAUAGUGCAAAUUUUUAAGAAUACCUGCAGAGGCCUUGAGUACCUUCAGAUUAAAGCCCAAGAAGAAGGAGCCUGUCGUGUGUUCAGCACAACUCUUAAUUUUUUUUUCUGCCUCUUGCAGCUCAUUUUUUAAGUGAUUAUGGGUACUUAGUUUUGUUGUUGCACUUACACAAGGUUUGAGGAAUUCUCAGGUGUAUAUUUCAUAUGCAUUGUUCAGUGUGUGUUGUUAUUACACAUUCCUAGGCACAGUGGCCUUGUUGCUGUGUGCUUCUACAAGUGGAGCCUUCCCUUUCUUAAUAGAAUUUUCAAGGAGUUUUACUACAUACAGCCUACAUGCAGUGCCUUUGCUCUUGUCACCAGUGGUAUGUUAAUAUUUGUUUAAAAGUGCUUAGCAACCUACAUUUAACAUGACCCAUGCAUUGCAAAUGUAAAAAAUGUUUGGCAAGGCAGUUGCUGCCUAAUUAAAGUUUCUUGUUUUCACUAAAUUUAUUGUUUUGUUCUGCUGCUAUUGUCAUUCAGUGGACCUUGAAUGUUGGGUUAAGGUUGCAUAAUGUUGGGUUUCUUGAAUGUAGUUGAAGCUGGCUGUGCUGCACCCUAGCAAAAGAAAGAAAGAACAAAGAUUUAAUAUGGGCAAAAUUUUGUUUUACAGCAUUACAAAAUUUGACUAAAAGGUAGUAAAGGACUCAAGAAACUUUUAUCAAAACUAUAAAAUUUACAAGAACAGAUGAACAAAGUAGGUGCUCAUAUUCUGAUCACCAGAUCCUGAGCAGCACAUUUCAUCUCUUUGAAUAGACAGUUGUUUGUUGUGCAGGCAUCUGUGAAGUGACCAUCAUGCGUCAGUUAUGAGUUUUCUCACUGUCAUAGUAGUAGCAUUCCUUAUAAACCCAGAUAUGCAAUCUUUUGGUUGCAAUGUUGUUAUUGAUACAUACGAAAUUCUUUUCUACCAUAUGCCCCUGCAUUUUGCGGGCUAUCUAGAGAAGAUAACCGAGCACAAAUUAUCUUGUGGUGAAAGGUUUUUUUUUUUUUGCUGCCUGCUGAUCUCUCUAUAGCUGAAAAAGAAAAUGGCUGGGUGCUCUGUCAUCAUUUAUCACGUGUGUUCCAAAAGCUAUCAUAUGGUGUACUGUGAUCUCCAUACAGGGUGUGUUUUUUGUUGAAUGCUAGGGGGACUGUGUGCACUGCAAGCGAUAUCCACUUGCGAAUGUUUGCAUCAGCACCAGACACUUUGGUAGCAAGAUAAACAGGAAAUGACCCCUGCUACAGAGAAACAUUGAACUACAAUGACUUCCGUUUCAAAAACAAAAAGGGAGAGGGGGAUAAUUUCCUAGGAAUAAUAAAGGUAUUCCGCUGUUCUCA